UGUUUCUAUAGCUUAUCAAUGAUACUGUAGCUGCUUGUGAUACUGCAAGCCAUACUACUAUGAUAUGAUACAAAGAUCAAUAAGCUCUUUAUGUUCUUUAUGCAUAGCAAACGAUGAAUCUUGGAAGAAAUGGCAGGUUUAAAAGCAGGUAUAGAGUCAACUCAACCUACCAGGAAGCUUCGACGUUCAGAAAGAAUCCAAAAGAAGUUAGAGAAGUCCCAGUUCCCUCAUGCUCAUUUCAGGGUGCAUAGUGUGAUGCGAUUGAGUGUUGUAUGCUUCAACCAUUAUACCGGAGAUCUCAGAACCUUGCUGUCAGUAGUUAUUAGCGAGAGAAAUACCACUAUGCCCCGUAUCCUUGAAACAAUAGUACCUCAAGCCAAUAGAUGGCUUAAAAUAUGUGAUACAACCGGGGAGAGAACGGGGCAGCGGAAGACUCACCCUACCUCUUGUAGUCUAAACCCGAGCACCGGCUUGUUAGAAGCAGAACUAUAAUUUCACUUCCUCUGGAUUUUCGGCGUAUUCAUGGCGACCACUUCGACGAUCUGAACUUUCUCUCCCUAGUUCAAAGGUACAUUACUUUUCAGAAUAGAAUACAAAAUACCCACGAGGACCCGCUAAUGGGUGCUCCCAUAGGUACCCAUAACUAGCGUGGGUAGAGAGCUUUU